GCACAACACAACAACAAAUUCCAAUUGAAAAUAGAAACGAAACAAUGCAGAUAGCUGCAUUAUACAAGUGAAGAAGAAGAGAGUGCCAUUUUCGGCUACUAUUUUUUUGCCCGUCUCUGUGUCUGUGUGUGUGUGCGUCUCUGUAGAACGAAAAACAGCGAAAGGCAACAAGCUGACAAACAAACAAACAACACACAGGACUUUUCUUUGGCAGGAAAUUUGAUAUAGCCGGAUCGGAUCGAAAUCGGAAUUGAAAUCAAAUAUACGGACUGAGAAUCGCUGGAGAAUCACUGGAAAAUCACCGGAGAAGAGGAGAAGCGCCUGGCAAAGUGACUCUAAUCGCAGCAAUAAUUGUUCAAUGACAGCAGCCGCGGCAGUUUUUCCCGCUGCUGUUGCUGCUGCUACCGCUGGCCACGUCCCCUCCGCUUCCUCCGCCCUCGAUAACGUCCCCUUUGCGGUGGAGAAAGCAGAAGAGCACAGUUAACAACGCCUUAGAGCGACGGAGACGGGAAGAUUUCGUUGUGGUCCUGGUCAAGAAAGAGGACCACUUAAGGGACAGACAACUAGAGGAGAUCGCAGUCUAUAACUUUCGUAUAUAGAGGCCGAGGAAACAAGGAGAUCAACGCCAAAAUGGUGAAGACGUUUCAGGCCUACCUACCGUCCACGAAUCGGACCUACUCAUGUGUUCACUGCCGCGCCCACCUCGCCUCCCACGACGAGCUCAUCUCGAAAUCGUUCCAGGGCAGCCAGGGUCCGGCCUAUCUGUUUAACUCGGUGGUGAACGUGGCCUGCGGCCAGACGGAGGAGCGGGUGCUCCUAACCGGACUCCAUGCGGUGGCGGACAUCUACUGCGAGUGCUGCAAGACGCCGCUGGGCUGGAAGUACGAGCACGCCUACGAGUCCAGCCAGAAGUACAAGGAGGGCAAGUUCAUUAUAGAGCUGGCGCACAUGAUCAAGGAGAACGGAUGGGACUGAAGGGCUGGCUGCAUCAUGGGCUGAAUCAGGAGCACACCCGUAACAGGAUCAGGAAAACAGGAACAGCAGCAGCAGCGGCGCCGGCGGGAAAAGCAGCGAGUUCACCACACAACAAACAACACACACGCGGCAAAUAGCAGACAUAGAGUGUUUACAAAAUGGCUAAAGUCUGGAAACAAAUGUGAAUGGAGAGAAUAGAGGAAAGAGGAUAGGGUAACCGAUAGCGGGGUGAUCGAGUUUUAGGGUACCACAAUAUAUAUAUACUAUUAUAUAGUGCAUAACUCGUCGUAUCUUAUAGAACAAAUCAAACCAAUCAGACACACAGAUACACAUCCACACAUACGAUCGAUACACCCAUUAUUUAGAAAGCUUGAUUGGGCUUAAGGGAAGGAUCUCUGCGCUGGCCGCCAUCUAGGAUUUCCACACUUUUCAUUUCGAUUACCAUUACCAUUUAAACCACUUUGUUUUCCUUUUAACAUUUUGCGUUGCAAGUUGAUUCAAUUAUGUGUACUUUCUGUGCAGAGUUUGCCUUAAUUCGAUGAUUUCAAAUACACAAACUAACUGGUAAAAGCCACACGCAAAACAGAACUUGCACUGCCAAUAAACAAGAGAAAUGUUUAGCAACCAAUAAUAAAAACAGCAACAGAAGCAGGAACCAUUUGAAAAACAUACACAAACACAAGGCAUGCGAAAUCAAAAAUCAGGAAAACAAAAUGAUAACACUCACCGACACACAAAAUCACAACCACACACAUUUUCAACGUAGUAGUUAUAUUUAAUAAAAUAAUUAAAAUUAAUUAUUUAAUGCAAUUUAGCUUGAAACAAACAAAAAAACACACGAAAAAGCGAGAUAAACUUAAACUACAUUUUUGUCAAUGUGUAAAGCGAAAAGAACAACAAAAAAAAAACAAAGGCGGCAAAGGUGCGCAUCCCCGCCGCCAGGUGGCGUCCAGCCGGAGGUCCUGCGAUGUCCGUUGGAUGCCACCUGCUCCUCGGGAAUGAUGCACCGAUGCACGGGGGGAACAGGGGGUGGGAAAUGAAAGAAAUUAUAUAAAAUACAAGCAUAUGGCAUGCGUAACUUUAGAAAGAAUAUAAAUAUAUAUAUGUAUAUGUAUAUUUAUGUAUGUGAGAGAAAUGCGUAUUUAUGUCGCAAAAUAUCGUACAUUAAUCAAAUCGAAGGAAAACUGGAGAAAAGCAAGGAAGUGCAUAUAUAUAAUAUAUAUAAAGCGAUGGAAAAAGAAAAGAGCGCGAGCAUAUUUUUAAAGCAAAACGGAUUAUGAAAAUAUGUAUAUGCAAAAAAAUAACUGCCAAGAACUAUUCAAGUUAAAUGAUGUUCUCUAAGUAGUUAUAUAAAUGUAUCUGAGGAAUAUAUUUUGUGGUAGCAUUAAAAUAAACUAAAAUAAAAAGAUAAACAAGAAAACGGAAUACAACAACAGAGUUCAAUAAAAAAAACAAAAACAAAAGAAAUCAAAUCCCUUUCGAAAACGAGUAACAUUGAAAUUGCUGAAUACUUAUUUGUGUCCUUAGUUUCAUCUUCUUAAGCAAUUGGCCGUACUUAAACUCGAUCUAUAUAUAUCUUUAUAUUUCCAACUUAAAACCUAGUUUUGUCGAAGCUUUGAGCUUUGUUCGACCAUUUAGGCAUUGACUACUGUACUCCAUGCAUGUGAUGCACCAUGAACGAAACACAAAUUUUAAAAACGGAAUUCAUACAAAAACGAAAAAUCAACUGAUGUUAGUAUUUACAUACAUACAUGCCACUAUACAUACUUGCAUACAUACAUACUAAAACGAGACCACCUUUACAUUAAAAAAAAACAAAAAAACGAACAUUAAAACACAUCCAAGUACAGUCAGCGACAUGACGCCGCAUGCAGCCGAUUAAGAUGUAUUAAAAUCUCAAUUCAAGAUUGCAAUAAAGCGCAUUUUUAGCUCAA